UUCACCUGCUUCGCGAUGGUUUCGGAGUGACAAGCGGCAUGGCGGGGGUCACCGUCAUUUACGGCUGCCGCGACUGUUUCAUAUCCAAUUCCACUGCAAGUUCCGCGCAUCUGCGCGUCGACGAGGACGACGAACUUUUGAAAUACAUUUGGAGUGAAUACUUGCAUCCGAAGCAGUAUGAGUGGGUCUUGAUCAUAGGAUACAUCAUUGUCUUCCUGUGCUCGCUGGUCGGAAACACAUUAGUUUGUUUUGCAGUGUGGAAAAACCAUCAUAUGCGCACAGUGACCAACUACUUCAUUGUGAACCUGUCCUUUGCCGAUAUCCUGGUCUCCAUUACCUGCCUUCCUGCCAGUCUCGUAGUGGACAUCACAGAAACAUGGUUCUUUGGAGAUACACUCUGUCGAAUCUUACCUUAUUUACAGACAAUCUCUGUGUCUGUAUCCGUGCUGACCCUCAGUUGCAUUGCCCAGGACCGGUGGUAUGCUAUCUGCCACCCUCUGAAGUUCAAGAGCACUGCGAAACGGGCGCGCAGGAGCAUCAUCCUGAUCUGGUUUGUCUCCUGUGUGAUCAUGAUUCCCCAGGCUAUUGUCAUGGAGUGUAACAGCCUGCUGCCUGAGCUGCUGCCUGAGCUCACCAACAAGACCGUUCUCUUUACUGUGUGUGAUGAACACUGGGGAGAUGAGAUCUACCCCAAGGUCUACCACACCUGCUUCUUUAUUGUCACCUAUUUUGCCCCUUUGUGCCUGAUGAUCCUGGCAUACAUCCAGAUCUGUCAGAAACUCUGGUGUCAGCAGAUUCCAGGGACCUCGUCAGUGGUACAGAGAAAGUGGAAAUCCCUGCAAUGUUCAGCUCAGACUGCAGGCCUUGGUGAGUCAGUCAAGGUCAGGACCAGUGCGGUGUCGGCUGAGAUCAAGCAAAUGAAAUCUCGACGGAAAACGGCACGCAUGUUGAUGGUGGUGCUAUUCGUCUUUGCCAUCUGUUAUCUGCCCAUUAGCGUCCUUAAUAUCAUGAAAAGAGUGUUUGGGGCUUUCAAGAACGCAACCAACAGAGAGACAGUGUAUGCCUGGUUCACCUUUUCUCACUGGCUUAUAUACGCCAACAGCGCAGCCAAUCCCAUCAUCUAUAAUUUCCUCAGUGGUAAAUUUCGAGAGGAGUUCAAAGCGGCGUUUGCCUGUCAUUGUUCAGGUCGAGGGGAAAAAAAGGAGAGGGUGAGGACCAAGAUGAGCACCGACAGCCACAAAUCCCUGUCCACACAAGUCAGUCAUUUUGACAAUGUCUCACGGAUCUCGGACCAGGUUAUGUAGCACUGAUCUGCAAGGGUUAGUCUUCACAACAUGCCACUUCUCUAAUGGUUUAUAGGACAAAGCAAAGACA